AUUAAUCUGCAAAAGAGAACGGGCGUAUCCCGGAACCCAUCACUGACAAUUCCAAUAAGGUGGGUGUGAAAGGAUGGAACAACACUUGGCAAACAUUGCACAUACCAAUCACAGGGGCAACAACAACAAACAAAACGGCACAAGGACACAAGAAAUGUGGGCAGGCAUGCAAAUAUUGGUGUUAGUAGGACACAGGAGAGAGCAUUAGUACAGCCAAAGUAUCUGCGAUAUGACUACAGUGAUACGUAGUCAGAAGCAUAAUAGAGAUAAAAACUCAAAGAUAAGACUGAGAAGUUCCUUCUACGAGAGGGUUAUAUAAACCUCGGUAUGUCUUGCAUGGACUUUAGUAGAGUGCGGAGUUCAAUAUGAGACAUUGGAUUAAAUGUUUGAUUUUCAGUAUCCUUUGCAUAGCAGGAGCACAGGCCCCAAAAACUAAUCUUACAACAAUUGUUGCAAAUCAGUCAUGGAUACGUCCGAAUCGGUAUUUACUUAUGGAAUACACCAAAGGGCUGUUCUGCAACUCCCAUCUCAAGGUAGUCCACGUCCAUUGGCCAAACAAGUGUUCGUACAGUUAUUGUAACAAUAUCUUGAGAGAGUUCAGCGAAUGUGGUCUAUCCCAAGUGGUCUUGAGAAGUAAAACCCUAUCAUCAUCCUCUUCUCUGGAGAAACUCAAGGACGAUGGUAUUCUACUCUAUCUGGUUUUGAUUCUUUCUGAUGCCACACAAACUGUGGAUCUGAGCUUCAUGCGCAAGAAGUCUGCUGCCAAGCAUUUGACCAACAUCUUAUUGGUAAUCCUAGAUGCUGCAGCAGUGAGUGAAAAGUGGUUGAGAUGCAUCUUUGAAAUGUUUUGGAAUAUGUGGAUUCUCAAUGUAGCAAUCAUCUAUGCAGAGCAUGGGUACCAUCAAAUUAUCAUCCAUCGUUAUGAUCCCUUUGCUGACGAACUUAUUCGGAAAACACUCGAAAGAGAACAGCAUGCCGGCUUGGAACAAGUCUUUCCACGCUCCAUGCUCAAUAUGAGAUUGAGGCCAUUCCGCGUAUGCAUGUAUCCCGAUGAGGUGCGUUCAAUAUUCCAACAAAAUGGCCAAGUAACGGGUGCUGAUGGUAUGCUGACGGCCUAUAUGGCAGAACGCUUGAAUGCUACCAUUAGCGUGAAUUACAUGGGAACGUAUGGCAAUGUCUCCAUAAGCCAUGACUUAUGCUUCAGGGAGAUUGUGGAUGAAAUUGACCAUCUGGGAGGGAAUACACGAUUCCUAUCUCUGGACUCUUUCUAUGGGAGAGUCGAGUACACCAUUGUACUGGAUCGCGAUGAUUUGUGUGUUUUGGUUCCCAAAGCUCGCAUAGCUUCGGCGUUUUGGAAUUUAUUGCGCCCCUUCAACUGCAGGGUUUGGAGCAUGAUCGUGGUAACAAAGAUGUUGGUCUACAUACUCUGCCGUUUGGUCUAUCGCCACAUCUUUGCCGGCGCCAAGUUGAUGUUGCAUCUGCUGGCGUGUGUUAUUUCUUCACCACACGCCCACUUCAUAAGACCCCCAUUGUCUUCUCGUAUUUUUCUGGGUGUCUGGUUGAUCUUUGGGCUCUUAAUAUCGGCAGCAUACAAAGGCAACCUCACCAGUCAUCUGGUGGAGAGGGUAUAUUUGCCCGAUGUCAACAGUUUAAGGCAGCUGGCCGAGUCCCCUUAUCCCCUGGCUACCUUGCCCAGGCAUGUGAAGCAUAUGAAUCGUUAUUUGAAUGAAGGAAAUCGGUAUGAGCAUCUCUUGAAGUCAAAAAUUGUGACAAUUCCAGAUAUGCAGCUUCGUAAUUUGCUGGAGGAUAACAACUUGAGCUACGCCUACUUGCAGAAAGCUCAUAUUUCCGUAUUCCGUGCCAACUCUCGCAAGCAUUCGAUCAAUGGCAAGCCCUGUUACCAUGCCAUGGCUCAGUGCAUAGUGCCUUUCCAUGCCGUCUACAUUGUCCCCUAUGGCUCAGCAUUCCUGGGUUACAUCAAUCGUCUCAUGAGGAAUGCUCAGGAGCAUGGCUAUCUCAACUAUUGGAAUGGGCUGAUGAGUGCUGCCAUCAAAAGGGCAAGACGAAAUGGUCUACCCCAACGUCAGCAUGACGACGGAGAACCGGAAGUGUUACAAUUGCUACACUUCCAGGCGGCUUUUUGCCUCUGGGCUUUUGGACACCGGCAGUUCCAGAACGCGUGUAAAUGCUGAUGGCGCACGAUUUGAACUGAAUGAAAUGAAAGGCCCAACGAGUGGCCACAUAAAAACCACUCGUUGUUCAGAUUCAUGUGUAAAACAAAGAAAUGGAGACGUAUGUAGGUGCGUUAACCACAUGCCAAAGGGGACACUUUGCGCCUGAUGUCUUCCAUCGUUGGCAGACUUGACAACAUUUUCGGAUAUCUGCUGCUACACAAAGCAACAGCGUUUUUUUCUUCUUUGCAUUAAAGAGACCCUGCACUACUACUAGAACAAGGCAUUUUCAUGUUUCAUUUGUUAUUGAAAUGGAAAUUUAUGAACUUGCUUUACCAUUGCCAUCGUUCGUAGGUCCCAGAGGUCGUAUGAGUGUUGAGCAAAUUAGACUAAAAAUAUAAACCAUACGCAAUAAUCAUUGAGACUUAGGCAUUGGCGUGAAAUCUUUUGAUUUUUAUGUUGUUCCGCCAUUUAAUGGCGAUACAAAAAAAUUCAAAUUGCUAUGACUAAGAAAUGAAAUAUUUGUGAAGCAUUUAAACAUAAAACCAUUAAAAAAAGGGCCACCUAUUUAGCCGGGUUAAGACUUUUACACACUUGCCC